AUGGAUCAUCUCAAGGAAUCACUUGCACCAAAAACCUUCAACAAAAUUAGCUAUGCCGCAGUUUUAAUUUGGUUCGUGAUCAGUGUAAUCUUCUUUGGCACUUUUGCCGAAGUGGAAAACACCGAAUCCAGGUAUGAUUUCCGUUGUGGUGGAGCGAAUAGUGAAAACAUUGACCUUGUCCGUGGAGAAUGUUUCGAAAAAUACGAGAAGCAGUACAACAAAUUUGGUGUUCCUGUCUAUGGCUUCGUGAUCAUCAAUUUCCUCCUUAUUGGAAUUGUAUGUGUUGUGUACUCCCAAAUAGUGAGAAAUACAGUCGAUCAUUUGUCGUCGAGCAGUCCUAACAGUGAUCCAGAGAGCGGACAGUCGUGCGAAAAGCCAACAAGUCAAACAACAAAUUGCGGGCACAAGCUUUUCAUCGCUUACUGUUGUCAACUAUCUACGAGACUUGUUCUUGGAGUUCUCUUCAUAUUGCUGCAAACUCAGUUGCUUUAUCCUUUAAACUUUUCCUCCGCGUUCGACUGUUAUUUAACCUCUAGAACCAAUCAACCAAGGAAUUCAUCAGACACUGCCCCAAACAGUACUUUAUACAAAUGUCACAAUCAACGAGCGAUAAAGAAAACCUUUUGGAUGUACGCUGUCCUUGUAGUAAAUGGAACUUUCGUCAUGUGCAUUUUGAUUGAAACCGUCUACAUUUUGUUACGGGCAUGCAUAGACAGGAAUUUUAUGCGAGACUUCUUAAAAAACUAUCUGAAUGCCAACUAUGACAAGUCGCAAAGAGAGCGCGAAAACUGUCAAAAGCAGGAUGAUGUUCCAUCCCAGCCACGAGAACGUGAACACCCUCCGACCCAAUCCGAGUCACACCGAGAACCUCCAAAACAAAAUGCAGUUGCCCCACUACAGCCUCAAGAGCAAGUGUCGCAUCAAGUUCUUCAGCAACCAGAAGGAACGAGUGGACAUGACAAGUCGCAUCAAGGAGAAAGAAGAGACCAUGAAACUGUUCCACUACAGCAAAGAGAGCACAAAAACUGUCCGAUCCAGGUCGAGGUGCACAAGGAACAUCAAAAGCAGGCUGAUGUUCCAUCACAGCCACGAGAACGUGAACACCCUCCGACCCAAUCCGAGUCACACCGAGAACCUCCAAAACAAGAUGCAGCUGCCCCACUACAGCCACAAGAGCAAGUCGUGUCGCACCAAGUUCUUCAACAGCCAGAAGCAACGAGCGGACCUGAUAAGCCUGAAGAGCUUCAAUUAUUCAUCGCACGAAAGAAGAAAAUAAUUAAAGAAACUAAAUGUCUCCCUGAACUCCAAUCACUGUUUCCACGUAAUCCAGGCGAAGAAACAACAACCAAAGAUUUGACUUUGGAUCAGAUUUACACCAACCUUGUGAUCAUCCGCAACAGGGCCAAGUACAACUUUACUACAGACAGACAAGAGCAACUAAAAAUUUAUCCAAGGUCACACGACGAAGAAUCACAACCGAAAAGCCUGGAAGACCUCCUAAAUAAUGAAAAUAAGAAAGUUUUGAUUGUCGGUCGUCCCGGAAUCGGCAAAACAUUAUGUUGCAUCAAACUUCUCAGAGACUGGGCAUGUGAGAAUUUUAAAGCGACAUCUAAUGCCCAAAUCCAAUUUGAUGCUGCUUUCUUCGUAAGAUUCAGAAGAUUCAACUCGGCAAACGACCUUAGCCUCAGGGAAUUACUCACUUGGUCAGAACAUUCCCUCUCAGAUCACCUGGAUGAUGAGGUCUGGAAGUACAUCCUGCAGCACCCUGAAGGUGUCCUCAUACUUUUUGACGGAUUCGACGAAUUCAAAGAUAACGCAAACAUGGCCGUAGCGCCUCCCUGUUCCACAAGCAUUGAAGAGGAGAUGCCGCUACAAAUCUUGUAUCAGUGGCUUGUGACCGGGGAAAUUCUUGAAGGUGCUUCAAUUGUAACGACUACGAGACCUACAGCUUUGUCAGGCAUCGCACAUCUUAAGUUCGACAGAACCUUUGAAAUCCUAGGUUUCUCAACCGAGCAAAUUCGAGAAUAUAUCCACAAAUUCGCCGGAGUUGACAAGCAAGCAGGCGAAAAACUAUGGCGACACAUCAGCAGCAACAUGAACUUACUUUCGCUCUGUUAUAUCCCUGUGAACAGCUUCAUCAUGUGCUCAAGUCUGUCAGAAAUAAUACAGUUCGAAUGUUCCGCUAGUGUUACCCUCCCUUCCAAAUUAACCACGAUAUACAAGAUUGCGGUGAAAGUAUUCUAUUUGAAACACACGAAAGGAUUCCGCGAGAAACAUUUCACCCGCAAAAACUUUCUUUCAGAUUAUUUGCCCUUGAAUGUGGAGGAGAAAUUCGAGACACUAGGAAAAGUGGCAUUUGAAGGAAUCAAAGAAGGAAAACUAAUCCUUGGAGGAAACGAAGUACGCGGAAUGGAAGACAGCGCUCUUUUUCACCGCUUACCCGACCGUAAAAAUGCCGCGUUAAAAGAUGAGGAACAAUUCUGUUUCAUUCACCUUACAAUGCAAGAGUUUUUCGCAGCGCGGCACCUAGCAAACAACAUGAGUAGAGAAGAAUUAAGAAACUUUGUUUCCGAGAACAUCAAGAACGGAAAAUGGCAGCUGGUUUUUCAGUUUCUGGCGGGACUUAUGGAGGAUAAAAGUCACCUACCAAGCGAAAUUAUCACUGACCUUCUUCCUGUGCAAACUGACGAGAGAGAAUGCGAAGAGGACAACGAACAGUGGACAGAGAAUGAAGAGCCAAGGAAAGUGACUCUCUGGCCGACUGGAGACGAACGAGAUUUAGCAGUAACAUUGUUUAAAUGUUUUAACGAAAGUGAUGAGAUGAAAUCGAAAGUUCAGACAAAACUUCAACAACUAAACUUUAAUUUUGUAAAUUUUAAUCAUUGUCGCCUCACAGCUGUUGAUUGCUCUUCGUUAGUAAAUGUAAUUAAUGUUCAACAAAUUUCACAUCUAGAUUUGAGAAACAAUAACAUCGGUCCAUUAGGUAGUUUUGAGAUUUGUAAAUUGUUAAAGUGUAAGGAAUCUCAACUGAGCUGGUUAAACCUCACACACAAUCAAUUGACAGAUGAAGCAGCAAACUACUUAGCUGAAGCCAUCAAUAACAACAACUGUCAGCUACGCACAUUAGACCUCUCAGAAAAUAACAUCUCAGACAUUGGAGCAAAGGACUUGGCUAAAGCCAUCAACGACAACAGCUGUCAGCUACGCAUGUUAGACCUCUCAGCAAAUGGCAUCUCAGACAUUGGAGCACAGGACUUGGCUAAAGCCAUCAACAACAACAACGGUCAGCUACGCACGGUAGACCUCUCAUACAAUCAACACAUAACAGAAGCAGGUAAGCAAGAGACACAUAAUUUACUAAGCAAUAGUCAGUCUAAGCGCAAGCUUAUUCUUUAGGCCUCAGCAAUUCUAAAUAAAAACUCAAAAGAAAUUAUUUGAACCAUUAUUAAAAAAAACUGUGAGGUAACCAGCUUAGUGACAAUUACAAUCCAACAUUCUGA